AUGGCGGCCGCAAGGAGUGCACUAGAAAUAGACGGAAGUUUACUGGAAGGAGUGAGUAUUUUUCUUUUGUAAACCCCAUUUUUUCCAAGCAUUUAGAAAGGAGUUUUUUGCGAUUUACAUUAUACUUCUUGUUCGUUAUCCUAGGGAGGACAAAUUUUACGAAAUGCCAUAACUUUAGGUUGCUUACUAAACCGUUCAAUUCGUGUUUGUAAAAUUCGAGCUGGCAGAAAAAACCCGGGGUUAAGACCGCAACAUACCACAGGUAACAGUUAUUUAUUUGCCUAAAACCUUGAUUGGAAGAUCUGCAACUACCUGAAAAAUGAAUACAAGGAGAAAUUUGACGUUUCAACCGACAAACCCUGCUACUAACUUCAAUGAAGAAGAGCCUAAUUUGCUUGAAACGUCGAAUUUCACAUUGUGUUUGUCAGGUAGUUUCAUCUCUACCAACUGAACCUUGAGGUUUGAUUCCUGCAAUAUGCGCAGUCGUCUCAAAAUGAUUGUGUGAAAAGUGAAAAAAUGAAAUACUAAACACCUGAAUACCAACAGGUCUGUGUCUUGUUUGUGAUAUUUGCCAAGGAACUUUGGAAGGGGCGUCAGUUGGUUCAAGUUCUAUAACAUUUCAUCCUGGAAGUGUUCUUGCCUCAAACUUUGUGGCUGACACUCAAACUGCCGGGAGUACCAGCUUACUUCUUCAAGUUGCCUUACCAUGUUUACUGUAUGCACCAGCAGAAUCCAGUAUGGUACUCAAGGGUGGGACUAACUGUGAGAUGGCACCACAGAUUGAUUAUAUGACUCAG